GAUGAAGGAGGCACCUUGGUGCCGGAGAAUUCAUACCCCUGGCAGGCCGGCCUUCCAGCCAGCCUACAAACCUACCGUCCUCCUCGCCCGCGACCCUACAUGCGACCUGCAUCAGAACCACUGCCGAGUCACGCUGAGUCCUACAAUCCGCCACCGGAAUUUUUGUUGUCAAGCGAGGAGGAACGAGCGUUUAUACGUGCGUGGCGUGAUAAGGUGAAAGACAACCAAGCCGCUCAUGUUAUGCCUUUACUACCGCGUAAAUAUGACUGCCUACGGCAUGUGCCUUUCUGUGAACGCUACUUGCGUGAGCGUGAGGAGCGCAUCAAGGACUUGGUGAUGGCUGCUCGUGUAGAAAAACAGCAGGUGCAUACCACACCCGAGGCGCUGUUACCGGAGAUUCCCAGUCUGGCCGAUCUUCGCCCCUAUCCCUCUCACCAGGGCCUAGAAUAUCGUUCGCCACACGCUGCCAAGCAAACUAACGUUGCAGCCAAAACAACCGGCUUGUUGAGACGUAAGAAAACAGUACCGGCUUCGGACGCUGUGAAGGCAGAAGGUGACACAGACGAACAAAGAGACGAAGAAGAAGAUGACGAGGAAGAGGAGGAGGAAAGUCAGGUGCCAUAUGCCUUCGUAGCUUGGAAUCCGAACCAUGAACUGCACUUGGUGGCUGCAGCCAUGUAA